AAACUAUUGAAUCCGCGGUGGUCCCCCGUAAACCGAGUCGUUGGCAGGUGCUCGUUGUGCAUUUCCCGGCAAAUGUAACGAUGUCCUUUCAUUAGGGUAACGUUUCCAGUGCAUCGUGACGGAGUAUUGUAAUCGGGUUUCUAUAUUUUUCCAUCAAGUGAAUCUCCGGUAACAAUCAUCAUGGAUAGAAGAAAAAUGUCCACGUCAGGGGAUUCCCUCUACCAAACUUUGGAAAUUCAGAAGACAGCAACUCCGGAGGAGAUCAAAAAGACAUAUAGAAAACUUGCCCUCAGGUAUCAUCCUGAUAAGAACCCCAACAAUCCAGAGGCUGCUGAGAAGUUCAAAGAAAUCAAUAGGGCACAUGCCAUCCUUACUGAUUUAACAAAACGCAACAUAUACGAUAACUAUGGCUCCCUCGGUCUGUAUGUAGCUGAACAGUUUGGAGAAGAAAAUGUUAAUGCCUACUUUGUGGUAACUUCUGGUUGGUGCAAGGCAAUAUUCUUGGUCUGUAGUAUAAUAACUGGCUGUUACUGCUGUUGUUGCUGUUGCUUUUGCUGCAACUUCUGUUGCGGUAAAUGUAAGCCAGCACAACCAGAGGAUAGUGGGGCAUAUCACAAUUUACAGCGGAACCAGAACCCCGAAGGAGGCGUAGUGACUGACCAGCCGAGAGGUGGGCCUAAGGAGGAUGAAAGUGACGAAGACGCUGUGACGGCACAACCUCAAGGAGGUGCAGCCCAAGGAGCGCAAACUGUAUUCGCAAUGCCGCCACCACCAACAAAGGCAAAUGAAAACACUACCCUCAACAGUGGUGGAGAACGCGUUAUUUAUACAACUGCCACAAACCCGUUCGCUGCAGGAGCGACGAUUCUGCCAUCCAAUAAUGGACCAACCGAGUGGUAGUCACUUACCACCCGAAAUAUCCGCUGAUAAUAGAAAAAUCGAAGACGCCUCUAUCAAAGUUGCUACCAGAAGUACACCUCCCGAUUGAAUGACCGAGUGAUUAUUGAAUCGAUUCGAGUCAAGUAUUGUUUCAAUAUACAACUUAUUCCAGUAAUAUAUAUCCUCGUUAAGUUUGAAAUUUUGUUGCUAUAAAAAGAUAGUACACAAUAAACGAUUUGUGAGCACACAAUCUAUAGCUAAGCGACAUGAUUAUUUUAACUGAGGUUGAGGUAGUUUUGAUUGAUUGAUUUUUCGAAAUUUUAAGAAUCGUGUAAAUAAGAUCAUUGUGUAUGCAGAUGAAAAACAAGAAAAAAAGAAUAAUGAGAUGAACACUACUGUAAUCCAGAGUUAGAAUGUAGCAUGUAGCUUUCCACAUGAUGAUUCUGAGAUAUGAAAUGGCAACUUUUUAAUUUCCUUACAUCAGUUCCAUUUAUUGUUAGUUUCAUUGCUGGCAUUCAAAACACUAAAAAUAAAUGAAUAAGGAAUGACAAAUCUUACAUAAUUGCUAGAUAAUUAUUCAACUGUUGAAUUAGUCAAAUUUUUCUAAUAUCUUGCACAAGAAUUACACAUUCACAGAUAAAAUUUAUUAUUCUCACUACGGAUUGUGAGCAUUCAAUUAUUGUUCGAGGGUGUGAUAUGCCAUUCGAGACCUAUCAUACCCCUGCCGGAUAAAUAAUCAUUUCAAAACGAUCAAUCGACGAAAGCUCUGAUUCAGAAUUUUCCUGUAUUGUAUGGUAUUGUGAAAUUUUUGCCUUAGCUCUGCCCUCGAUCAAAUAAGAGUUACGGCAAGAGUGCUAUUAUAUGGUUGGGCACAAUGACAAUAUAAUAUUAUACCUACCUACGCAUAUACCUAGUUGUAUCACUAUCGGUUUUGAAAUUCGGUCACACGCAUUUAUUCCUCACAGAGCUAUAAUGGCAUGGAUUUCGUUAUUAUAAAUCUAUGUACGUACGUUCUAUCAUGUUAAAUAUCUUAUACGCGUAUUGAAUAAUUUGAAUCUAUUGAAAAAAAUCAAUCGAAAGCAUCCAGUUCAUCUUGUUGGAUCUUAUGAUAAGUUGAAUGCAACGGUUCAUACUGAAGGGCAUAAGUUUUAAUCCUGAGUAUGGCGUUCAACUCUUUUACCCAAAUAAAUGAUCUUGUAACAUUGAAAUCGUGUUUGAAACUGUUGAUUAUUGUUUUAUUAUAAAUAUCGAGACUUUAUCCUCGUCGAGAUCGAACACAUAUUAUGCAUAAAAAAAUAGAAAAAACGAAAGCAUGAUAAUGUAAUUAGUUAGUUAUAUUCUUCUCCCACGUUUGAAAUUGUUAGCAUUUUAUUCUAAUGUUUGUUAUGUAUAGGCAUAUGAUAUAUAAACUAUCGACGAAAUUAUUCAUCAUCUGACGCGAUCAGUUUGGCACAUUUAAAUUGUAUAAUUUGAUUUGAUUUUGUACGAUUAAUUAAAUGUAAAAAUAGAAUUGUAUCAAUUUUCUGUUAUAUCAUACAAUUACGUUAUAAACUGAUUCUUUUUUCCCAAAGCUGUUGGAUAUUUUUUUAUUUGCAGUUAAAUUUCCGUACUGACCUGUGACAGUCGGGGAAUCAUAAUACGAAUAUAAAUUCUUAUAUUACAUGCAUACAAUAGCAGCAAGUAGAGCGCCUGUGAAAGAAUUGCAAUAACAGUUACAUUCUACAUACAUAUACUAUAAAAUGGCAAUUAAAAACUGAUUCGAGAAAACCUUCGUGCCCUGAUAUUUUGAACUCGUGGAUUCAUUUUGAAUUAAUUCUUUGGGUAACUUAUUGAAUCAUUCUUUUACUUAUUGCGAUUAUUUUGUGUCGAAUAGCCAGGUGUGCAUGAUAUUGAAGCUCUGAUAUGAUAUCAGUACAAAACAUUGAAAUAAUCGAAUAUGCAGAUAUAAUGUCUUGCAGUCAAUCUUUAGACCAGAUUUUUAAAACGCUGCAUAAGUGUAUGAGAUUCAAUUUCAAUGCAAUCGGUUUCAUCCAGUGUGUUGCUAAAUUUUGUCGAAGUUUGUACCGGUCUUAAGGCCAACAACUGUUGCUACAAUGAUCUCUAAGGAAUCAAACUAACGAUUUGAAAAUCAUCGUACAAAUAAAAACAUUGCAAGAGUUCUGGAGACCCACAAUUUAUCACGAGAAACCUACGUUUGCAUCGCUGCCUAAUAUCAAAGGUGCUUCCUUCGAAAAUCAAUCGUUUUUGAAAUUGAAAUGAAGUAUCGUAAAAGGCGAUGGUUGUAACUAGUACCCGAAAGAAUCUACAUGAAAAUCACUGCUCAAUCGAAAUCUUACAAACGUCUGUCAAUACAUGAAUAAAAAGGAUAUAACUGCGGUAAAGCUCUGUUACAUGAUAAAUUUUACUGCUUCCACGAUAAUAAUGUACACCGAAUAAAUUAAAUGUAAAAUGUAUUUAAUCAAGUCAUAUUUGAAUUCUACAGAGAUUAUAUACGUAAAAAAUGUAUUGAUUAAUAAUUAUUACUGAUCAUGUGUAUUGUUAAUGUUGUCGAGAGUAAUUAUAUUAAACAUUAUUGCAUUGUCUCAUAAUUAACACAAUGAAAACAAAAUUGAAAAUUGAAUAAAAAAGAUAAUAUUAUAGAUGUACGUAACAUGUAAGAGUACUCAAAAAGUAUACCCAUUAUUUACGAAUUAUUUAAAUUACAAAUUAAUUAAAAAAACAAAUUACUAAUUGCAUUAGAAUUAUAUACAUAUAUUAUCAAAUUAGGUAUGGUAAAGUCAUCAUGUAAAAUUAUGUGAGAAUUGUAAAUAAAUAAGUAUGCAGCUUAUACAGUCUUCAUUUCCAGUUCCAAUCAAUAUAAUUUGAAUUGCCUGUGCCUUUCAAAUGAGAUUUGAAUUCGUUGGCUGGAGCGUAACGUCCUCUACGACCGUUCAUUGGAUUUCUACGGUAGCGUUGCGCUGCGCAGUAGUGUUCGAUAUCUUCGUAUCACCACGUGUUUUGAUACGGGUUAUUCCGGCCAGAGUUUUAGCGUUUAUACUGUGAUUAAAGAAAUCGUGAAUAGUGCUGCUGUGAAUUAAAAAUGACGAAAAAAGAUAAGCAGAUCAAAACCGAGCCUGAAGAUGAAACAGAGGUAAUGGAAG